CUCUCUCUCUCUCUCUCUCUCUCUCUAGGGGGCGUGUCCAUUAUGACUUGUGUUAUUUCGUAGCGAGACGCUUGUGAAACACCUUUCUGCUCACAACAGCCUUUCCGUCUUCUCUCAAGAUGCAGAAGUGGGUGGUGAUCUACUCGGCUCUCCUGGCUCUGGUUGGUGCUGAUGAGUGUCCAGAUGGAGGGAGGUGUGAAUACGGUCAAACUUGCUGCAACGACCCGGCCAGCGGCUAUGAAUGCUGCCCGCUGGACCAGGCCGAGUGCUGUGAGGAUCACGUGCACUGCUGUCCUGCGGGAACGGUCUGCAACGCGGCCACGUCCAGCUGCUUGAACUCCACCGGGUCCGUCGCCUGGGCAGAGAGAGCGUCUGCCGAUCGGCCCGGGCUCUCCAAAUCCUUCAGGAUGAUCAAGGCGUACUUGGGGGAGGAGGACGAUAACGUGUGUCCGGAUCGGUCUCGAUGCCCAGCUGAGUUCUCCUGCCUGAGGGCCUUGACCAAAUAUGGCUGCUGUCCCUUAGCUCAGGGAGUCCCAUGCUCUGAUGGGAAACACUGCUGUCCUGAGGGCCACCAGUGCAGUGCAGACAGCCGCUCCUGCAUCAAAAAAGAGCUGGUGAGCACGAUCCUGUGCAGCGAUGGAGUGUCAGAGUGUCCAGAUGAAUCCACCUGCUGUGAAACCCCAGUAGGAACGUGGGCGUGCUGUCCCAUGCUAAAGGCCGUGUGCUGCGAGGAUAAGUCACACUGCUGUCCUGAAGGGACGGCAUGCGACGUCGAACACAACAAAUGCAUUUCCUCGUCUAACAAAAGAGAGACACCGAUGUGGGCCAAAUUCCCUGCCAGGAUGAGAGCAGACUGGGAGAACCAGAUCGGUGAACGAGUCACUGCAAAGGCAUCUGUUGACUUCCCCACCGUGAGUACAGUUCCUCCUGCAGAGAAGGACGACUCAUCCGUCACCCAGGCAGCUGCAGGCACCAAUGUCCCCUGUGAUGGUACAGCAGUGUGUGCAGACAACACCACAUGCUGUAAAAACGCAGCGGGCGGAUGGAGUUGCUGUCCUCUACCUGAGGCUGUCUGCUGUGUAGAUUUAGUUCACUGCUGCCCAAAAGGUAAGCGAUGUAACCUGGUGGUGCAGACCUGCGACGACGACAGAUACUCUGUGCCGUGGGUCAAGAAGGUACCCGCAAUCCCCAGGCAGGACGCACAGGUGGGGAACGUCACAUGCGACUCCACGCACUUUUGUCCUGAUGGUUCCACCUGCUGCAGGACUCUGACCAAAGACUGGGCCUGCUGUGGUCUACCUCAGACCGUCUGCUGCGACGACCACGAGCACUGCUGCCCGACCGGCACCACCUGCGACCUGGCCACGAUCACCUGUGGCGGGCCCUCGGGCUCCACGCCCAUGGUGCGGAAGAUGCCCGCGUUUUCCACGGCGGCACCGACGACGGCGGUCGCUCCGACCCAAAGUCAGGGGGGACCGAAGGAGGCAAAGAAAGCCCAGGAGACCUAUGAGGAGGAGAAUGAGGAAGAGGAGCGCAUUCAGUGUGACCCCCACACCAGCUGCCCUCAGUCCACCACCUGCUGCUACAUGAACUCGUCUCAUAAGUGGGGUUGUUGCCCGCUGCCACAGGCGGUGUGCUGCUCUGAUGGGGACCACUGCUGCCCCGUCAACUACCAUUGCAGCGUGAGGAAGACCACGUGCAUCAAAGGGGAAGUGGUGAUUCCCUGGUACACCAAGCUUCCAGCCCGCACCGGCGUCCAGGCUGAUCCCAGCUCUGUGAAGUGCGGAGGGGAGAGUCAAUGCCCCGAGCAGACCACCUGCUGCCGGCUGUUGUCGGGCGAGUGGGGCUGCUGCCCGAUAACAAAUGCCGUGUGCUGCCCAGAUAAGGAGCACUGCUGCCCACAUGGUUACACCUGCAACAUGGCCUCCAACUCCUGUCAGAAACUCAUCCUGCUGCAGCUGGAGGCCGUCGCGCUAACUCGGGUGUAUCUGCCCGAGCGUCAACCCGCGCUCGGUCCCUCAAUGCUCAGAGACAUCCAUUGUGAUGAGCUGAUCAUCUGUCCAGAUGGGAAUACCUGCUGCAGGACCUCCGCUAGUUCCUGGGGCUGCUGUCCGACUCCUAAUGCCGUGUGUUGCAGCGACAUGCAGCACUGCUGUCCCGCCGGCUACACCUGCUCCGAGACCGGGGGCUGCACCCAGAACACCGGGCUCCACUGGCACAAGUGGCACGUGUUCUUCACCAACAAAAAGAGAGCUCUGAUCGUGUGAAAAAACACCUUGAAAAAUGCCAUUCGAUUCUGCAUGAUGCACUAACUGGAAAUACUGGAAUUUUAUCAUAAUCGUUUUCGUGAAGGAGAAGCUGUUUAAUUGAAUUGUCACGAUUCAGGGCAUAAUUUUCUCGUAAUUUUAAAUCAUUUGAAAUAUAUGUGUAUUCACCUUCAGGUCAAUGCUACAGAUUUUUUUUAUAUAUAUUCGUGGCGUGUAGUGAGAUAUUAAUUUGAAGUGUUUUAGUUUUGUGCAUCUUGUCACUUUUGAAGAUUUCAAACACACCACGAUGCAAACAUAGAGAGAUAACACUGUGAAGGUCAUCUGCAUUAAACUAAUAAACAAGACGUGUUACAAUA